GUACACGGUGCUUUUCUCGCACGGCAACGCCGUGGACCUGGGGCAGAUGAGCAGCUUCUACAUCGGCCUGGGCACCCGCAUCAACUGCAACAUCUUCUCGUAUGACUACUCGGGCUACGGCGUGAGCACAGGCAAGCCCUCGGAGAGGAACCUCUACUCUGACAUCGACGCCGCGUGGCAGGCGCUGCGGACGCGGUAUGGGAUCAGCCCGGAGAACAUCAUUUUGUACGGACAAAGCAUCGGCACAGUGCCCACGGUUGAUCUGGCCUCCCGCUACGAGUGCGCUGCCAUCGUGCUCCACUCGCCGCUCACCUCUGGCAUGAGAGUCGCCUUCCCCGAGACCAAGAAGACCUACUGGUUCGAUGCCUUUCCCAACAUCGAGAAGAUCUCCAAAAUCCCCUCUCCCGUCCUCAUCAUCCACGGCACGGAGGAUGAAGUCAUCGACUUCUCCCAUGGCCUGGCGCUCUUCGAACGCUGCCCCAAGGCCGUGGAGCCGCUGUGGGUGGAUGGGGCCGGGCACAAUGACAUUGAACUCUACAGCCAGUACCUCGAGCGCCUUCGGAAAUUCAUCUCCCAGGAGCUGCCCAGCCAACGCAACUAGCCGGGGGCGGGGGGACGGGCAGGGGGUUUCUGCCUGGUUCUUCAGUUCUCCCAGCAUCCCUCCUCAGUCCCUGCUGCUGGAGG